UUCUCUUUUUUUCCCGUUAAAUUCCAGAUUUCGCUUGGGUAACUUUAACCACAAAUGAUACGUAUUCCUUGGGUGCCUUAGUAUUGGCUCAUUCUUUAAGACGGGCCGGUACAAAACAUCAAUUGGCCGUUUUGGUCACACCCGGUGUGUCAGAAUCCAUGCGCGGCAAACUGAAAGAUGUUUACAAUCUUGUGCAAGAAGUUAAUAUUAUGGAUUCACAAGAUUCAGCCAAUUUGGCUUUAUUGUCCAGACCUGAAUUGGGUAUAACCUUCACCAAAUUACACUGUUGGCGUUUAGUACAAUUUGAGAAAUGCGUUUUCUUGGAUUCGGACACUUUGGUUUUACAAAAUUGUGAUGAACUUUUUGAACGUGAAGAAUUCUCUGCCGCUCCCGAUGUCAGCUGGCCCGAUUGUUUCAAUUCCGGCGUUUUUGUCUAUAAGCCCAGCCAGGAAACUUUCGAUAAAAUCGUUGAGUUCGGCUUGAAAAACGGCAGCUUCGAUGGUGGUGAUCAGGGUCUAUUGAAUCAAUAUUUCGCCGAUUGGGCUACCAGUGAUUUGAAGAAACGUUUGCCUUUCUUAUACAAUGUUACAGCUUAUGCUUCGUAUUGUUAUUUGCCCGCCUUUAAACAAUUCAGAGAUAAGAUUAAGAUUUUGCAUUUCGCUGGCAAAAUGAAACCCUGGUUGAUACAAUUCAAUUCACAAAGUAAAAUGCCCUGUGUACCGUCGGAUUAUUCGCAUGCUGCUGAUUUAAUACAACUCUGGUGGAAUAUCUUCUUCGAUAAUGUUCAUCAAAAUUUAACUGACACUAUGCUUGCCCUUGUCUUUGAAAUCACAGACAAGCAGGAAAAUAUUAAGAAUAUUAAUGAAACAGAGAGAUAUUCAUUACCCAAUCUAAUGCCAUGGAAAAGUAACUAUGACAACAUGGCCUUUGAACUAAAACGGCACUAUGAACAACAACAUCAGCAGCAACACGAAAUUGACACAAAUUUGCAAUAUAAUUUACAAUACCAACAUUAUCAAGAACAUUAUACUAAUAAAAAAAUCGAAUUUCAUGAUCCUUGGGAAGAUUACUAUAGCAAACAGGAAGCUAAGGAGGAAAUACAAACAAAUGGUGACGGCUAUAUACAAGGUUAUGCGGAAAAUGGCAAUGUAAAUAGAGAAUGGCAAGGCAAUGAUAAUAAUGUUCAAGAAUAUCAAAUGGAACAGGAAUAUCAUUAUGAACUGCAACAACAACAACAACAACAUCAUCAUGAACAUUACCAACAACAACAAGUUGUAGAAGAUAGUAAUAAAAAUUUUGAAACAGAAUCCACUAUAUCUGUAGAUUUAGAGAGACAAAGUGAGGUUAAAGAGGAAUCUUCAACUAGCAGUAAAAGUUGUGAAUGUGAAGCAUUAGCUGUCACUAAUAGAGAUGAUAUAGAAAACGAUAACACAGAACAAGAUAGAAAAAACACUACAACGGCCACCUUAAACAAUAGUCAGUUGAGUAGUAUUAAAACUGACUCGAUUUCACCCGAUAAUACUACUAGAUGUAGUAGUAUUGAAAGCUAUAGCCUACAGGAAUCGAACGAUAACGAUAACUCUACCUCUAGCACUGAGAAUACAGUUUGUGAACAAAAACAAGAAAAAGUCGAAGAAGAGGCUGGUUUGGCUGGUGCCUUGUCACAUUUGCGUUUGGGUGAACCACGCAGUCCCGAACAGGAUGCCUACGAACAAUUGAUGCGUCGCCAAUGCUGGGAAUCGGGUCAAGUUGACUAUUCCGGUCGUGAUGCAUUUGACAAUAUCUGGAAAAAGAUUACACAAACUUUAGAAACAAAACCAGAUAAGACGGGUGACAUUACAACUAACAAUAAUAACAUUACAAAACAACAUGUAACAACGAAAAUCGUAGCGAAUGUUGUAACAACGAAAUCGCAACAGAUUUCCCAUAAAUCGGGUACAACGAAACAGAAAAUGUCGCGAAAAUUAAAAUAACAAUUACUCAAAGUGCUCAGGCACUACACCUGUCUGAUGCCAAUGAUUUUGAUUAAAUAUGGACAUCAGGAAAUCGAAAUAAUACCGCAACCAGUAGAUGUUUAAAGAAUAAUUUAAUUUUUAAUAAAUUAAACUUUACUAGUUGAGUUAUUUUCCAUAAUAAAUAAUUAAAUGUAAAUAAUUAGGAAUUGUUGAGUAGUAAUUAGACAAAAAAGAAGCUAAAGCUUUAAAACUAA